CUAAAAUGGAGGCAAAUAUUGAAAAGAAGAGAAUUAAGAGAUGUACAGUGAAUGGACCUGUAGAGACAGAGAAGGAUAGAGAGUCUUAUGUAGAAGAGGUGAGGAGGAAGAGGAAGAAGAGGCAGAUGAAGCAGAGGAGGAAGCAGAUGCUGGAAAUUGCUGGGAUGUUGGAAGGUAGGGAUUUGGGUGGGGAUAGUGGGGGGAAUGUUAGAGGGUUUGGGAAGGUGUAUAGGAAGUUGAGAGAGAUGGAUGCAAGUGAUUUAGAUGAUAUUAAGAAUAUUGAGAUUUAUCUUACAUUGUUAGACCUGAUCUCCUGUUUCGAGAGUAUUCUAGCCUCAAUCCCCAGACCAAAGUACCCAAAAGAAUUCUGUUCAAUAUUUUGAAAAAUAGUGGACACCUUCAAAAUAUUCGUGUGCAAAGAGCACCAAGGAAUUAGCAACGAUUUCUUUGUAGAACAGUAUUAUCCCAAUAGGCAUAGAACUUUGGAACUGUGCUGUGAAGGGCUUAAGAGGAGUAAUUAGUGAAAGUGGG